AUGGCGGAUGGAUUGCAGCAUCCAUCUGUAUUUCAAAAGAUUCAUGGGCAACCGUUCCUCUUCUGUCGGAUAUCCUCCAACUUGCAUUCCAGGAAUAGCUUUGCACAUUGUCACACUGGUGCAUAUGUGAAUGGAGGUCUGCAGAGUCCACUCCUGCUAUCAUGCAAAGGCACUGGCCUGGAAUUUGCAUGGCCACUGUCUCCUGUUUUCAUAAAAGCUCCAUCGGAAAAAGGGUUUCGUAGUUUUAUGGAGGAUUUCCUCAUGGGAGGAGUUGCUGCAGCUGUCUCCAAGACUGCUGCUGCUCCAAUAGAGCGAGUUAAGCUUUUGCUUCAGAAUCAGGAUGAGCUGAUCAAAACUGGUCGGCUGUCUGAACCAUACAAGGGGAUUACUGACUGCUUUGUCAGGAUUGUUAGGGAGGAAGGUGUCCUUUCUCUAUGGAGAGGCAACACUGCUAAUGUAAUCAGAUACUUCCCCACUCAGGCCCUGAACUUUGCUUUCAAAGAUUACUAUAAGAGGCUAUUUAACUUCAAGAAGGACAAGGAUGGCUACUGGAAGUGGUUUGCCGGGAACUUGGCAUCUGGAGGUGCUGCCGGUGCUUCAUCUCUUCUGUUUUUUUAUCACCUGGAUUAUGCACGAACACGUUUGGCCGCUGAUGCUAAGGCUGCCAGCAAGGGUGGUGAAAGGCAGUUUAGUGGAUUGAUUGAUGUUUACAAGAAAACUCUGCAAACUGAUGGUAUUGUUGGGCUUUACCGUGGAUUCUGCAUUUCUUGUGUUGGGAUUAUAGUGUACCGAGGGCUUUACUUCGGAAUGUAUGAUUCGCUCAAACCUGUGGUUCUUGUUGGCCCAAUGCAAGUAAGUGAAAUUAUGGGGUGCAUGGUUGUGAAUAUAAUUUUGUUUCUCCUCCCUUCAACCAUUGUUCAAAGGGAUAGCUUCUGGUCAAGUUUCGUGCUGGGAUGGGGUAUUACCACUGGUGCUGGAUUGGCUUCUUACCCAUUUGAUACUGUGCGUAGAAGAAUGAUGAUGACCUCUGGUGAACCGGUCAAAUACAAGAGCUCAUUGAACGCGUUCUCUCAGAUCAUCAAGAACGAAGGGUUUAAAUCACUUUUUAAGGGUGCGGGAGCAAACAUCCUGCGUGCUGUUGCUGGUGCUGGUGCACUUGCUGGUUAUGACAAGUUGCAGCUCCUUGUGCUAGGCAAGAAAUAUGGAUCUGAUGGGGGUGGUUAA